AUGGCUCCUCUGACGAUGCCGGCGAAAGAUUUGGAAAUGUACCCAGCCAAUGGUCCAAUGCUGGAAAUCACGAAUACUAUGGCAGAGGACACGGGACUAGUUGUAACUAUGUGGUGGCGAUGGCGCCUCUCACUGACGACGCCGACGAACUGUCUGCUUGCCGGUCUCCAGUGUCUUUUGUGCGAUGCGGUACUUUUGGUACAGAGAGACGCUCUGGACUUUCUCUGUCUCGCUUUGCCCCUUCAUUCUAUUCCUGCUUGUCAGUUGUCUCCGGCCGAACGCGGUAAUUUGUUUGUAGCCGUGUUGUCAACGCUUUUACGGAGAGAUGCUUCGUUGAAUCGGCGCGUCUACGCCUGGCUUUUGGGAAUCGGGUCUCAGCUCCUUGAGCCUGACGUGCAGUGA